AUCUAAUCGUAGCGCUUUAUCUUCCGCUGAUGUCAAAACUCUCACGGAAUCAUUGGCAUUUUUGUCACAACUACAAUACAGAAUAUGGAUGUUUGUGGUUGCUGAGAGUAGCAUGUCCGACAAAUUAUGUAUGCAGAUGGAUGUAUUUUUUGUCAGAAAAAGUAGAAUGACUCGGAUUAAACGCUUGUCCACAACGUUUAAAGUGUACGCUGCAAUGAUCAUUAUCGGGUUGACUUUGAUAAGUGGAAAAGCAGAAGCACAAACCUCAACCGAAUAUACUUCGGUCAGUCAGACAUCUACCACAUCACCAUAUUUUACAUCACUAACACAAUCUACUUCGACCAGCACCUCACCUUUAUCAUCACCAUCGCAAUUUACUACGACCUGCUUGCCAUCUUCCACUUCAUUAACACAACCUGCUUCGACCAGCAUGCCACCUUUUACAUCACCAUCGCAAUCUACUACAACCUGCCUGCAAUCUUCCACAUUACUAGCACAGUCUACUGAAACCAGCGAAUCCAUAACACCAACUGAAUCUAUUAAGACAAGUCAGUCAUCUUCGACAUUACCAACACAAUCUACAACGACCAGCCAGCAAAAUUCAAAAUCACAAAUUGAAUCUAUAACGACCAGCCAGCCGUAUUUUUCAUCACCAACAGAAUCCACUACGACCAGACAGCAAUAUUCUAAAUCACCAACUGAGUCCACUUCGACCAUCCAACCAUCGUUCAUAUCAUCAACACGAUAUACGACAACCAAUCAGCCAUCUCCAACAUUAGCGACACGAUCUACUACGACCACUCCUGCAUUUUCAACAUCACUGACACAAUCAACUGUGACAAACCAGCCAAAUUUUACAUCACCAACGAAAUCUGCGAUUACCAGCCAGUCAUCUUCAACAUUUACAACUGAAUCUAUUACGAUCAGCAAGUUAUCUUCUUCAUCAGCAACCGAAUCUACUUCGACCAGCCAGCAAAUGCCAAUAUCACCAACACAAUCUUCUACCACCAGCCAGUCAUCUUCAAUAUCACCAACACAAUAUACUAUGACCAACACGUCAUCUUCGUCAUCACUAAAGGAAUCUAAUACGACCAGUCGGCCAACUUCAACAUUACCAACACAAUCUUCUACGAACAGCCAGCCAUCAUUUACAUGGAAAACUAAAUUUCAAAUGACCAGCCAGCCACCUUCCAAAUCUCCAACACAAUAUGCUACAACCAGCCAUCAAUAUCCUACAUCAGCAACAAUACACACUUCUACCAGCCUGCCAUCGUCAAUAUCACCUACACAAUCUUCUACGACCAGCCAACCAUCUUCCCCAUCACUAACAUAUUCUGAAGCUCCUACGACGAGCCAGCCAUCUUUGAUAUCACCAACAAAAUCUACAACGAUUAGUCAGAAAUCAUCCACAUCACUAAUACAAUCGUCUAAGACGAACCAGCCAUCUUCCACAUCACCAACCCAUUAUGAAGCUCUUUCGUCGAACCAGCCAUCUUUAACAUCACCAACACAAUCUGUAAUGGCCAGUCAGCCAUCUUCCACAUCACCAACAAAAUAUACAUCGUCCACAUCACCAACUCAAUCUACUACGACAAGCGAGCUUUUUUCCUCAACAUCAGCUGAAUCAGCUCCGAUCAUUCAGUCAUCUUCCUCAUUACCAACACAACCUACAAAGACCAGCCAGCCAUCUUCGACAUCGCCAAUACAAUUAAAAACGACCAGCAAGCAGUCUUUCAAAUCACCAACGAAUUCUGAAGCUCCUACGACGAGUCAAGUUCUUACUGCAAAAGUAGCAACUUAUCAGUCUAGAUCGUCAUUAACGACCAUGUUUCAGACCAGAGAAUCAACAAACCCAAAUUUUAAAUUUUCGACGACAACAUCAAGGCCACAGGUGCACGUCAACUUAGGUUCAGUACAGCAAUCCAUCAAAUUAGCUGUGACGAUUGAUGAAACGUUCAACCCAGACCUUAACGACAGCUUUAGCAGCCUUUAUAAAACUUACGUAGAAACAUUCAAAAAAACGCUGAUGGAUGAAUUCAAGGAUAUGCAUGGAUUUGAAGGCAUACAGAUAACUAGCUUUGUAAAUGGAUCUAUUAAGUGCCACUACAAACUCCUUCUUAAAGGCGAUCAAAAUAUAGCUGAAAUACAGAAGGAAAUUAUCACCAAAGCCAAAGUGAACACAUUUAUUACAAUAAAUGACAAGCACUAUAAUACAAGAACAGAUGGAAAAGAAAUUGAAGAGAGUAUAAACAAAGCCAUUGAUCUUCAAAAUAAGGGUUCGUGUGAGAAUAUUGAACAUACUUGUUCACAAGAGUACGAGUUCAUCUGUAGAAAUGCAGACGAUAUGAAAUGUUUCCACUUAUGCGACGCAUCCAGAAAACGGGAAUGUCAAAACAAUGGUGUGUGCUAUUACGACCCACAUAUUCAGAACACGACUUGCAGCUGCAAGGAGACGGACGAUAGCAUUUACAGCGGUCCUAAUUGUGAAAUUGAGAGGGAGAAACUAGCCAUCCCAUCCAAAUACAUUGCAGCAAUUGCUGGGUCUUGCGGGGCUGUUAUUAUCAUAGCGGCCAUAGUGAUUAUUGUUUGCAUAGUUAAGCGAAAAAAGAGUAAACCAUUGGACAGCCUAUUAACAAUCGGAACGACCGACUUUCGAAAUCGUCCCUCCAAGAAGGAAGACUUCACUUACUUAGACAACAGAGAGUUGUCCUCAAACCCUUACCUUUUUGCAACAAACUACGGGUACGAGACAGAUGACUUCCCAGAGACCAGAGUGGUUGAUGGAAGGGAGCAUAAGGUUACGAAGGAUGAGAAAGGACAUGAGCUCUACAUCUACCAGCCUAGUGGUCAGCCAGAAAGGCGUAAAGGUCGUCAAAGGUCGCACUCUUGGUAUUCUUCUGCAUCUUCCGGUAACAUUCACAGGGGCAAGAAUGAAUCAAAUUACGAUUACAUUGAUACAAGCAUAAAGUUCGAAAUCCAGCGACCCAGCGUUCGUCCAAAUAACUUCAAGAUUUAAAGGCGAAAUACACUGUGAAGUUGGAAUGUGUGACAUUAAAAUGAAUGUUUCACUAUAUCAGUAUUACACAAAAAAAACAUGUUUUGUUGGUUGACAUCAUAUACAUUUUCGCUAAGCACUUACUUUUUUGAAAAAUAAUUCUUGUGCUCCAUUUAUUAAGUUCAAAUAUUUGAAAGUAAA